AUGGGCCUGCUGAGAAGGACUGCUGUUCCGUUACUUUUCUUUUCCGCUUUGGUUUUAGCUACCACUAAUGAAGAUGCUAGCGAUGGAGAGGAUGAGGCUCAUCACCCAAUGAAGUCCUUCCUGCUUUCAAUCUCGAUGAUCGGAGUGUCCGAAAUUGGUGACAAGACGUUUUUGAUAGCUGCUCUAAUGGCCAUGCGUUACACCAGAUUGCUCGUUUUUAGUGCGUCAGCUACCGCUCUUUUCAUAAUGACCAUUCUUUCGGGCAUCGUUGGUAGGACUUUUACCUCGAUGGUCCCUCAGCGUUACACACAGUUCAUGGCCGGUAUAUUAUUUCUUGUCUUCGGGUAUAAGCUAACUCUCGAAGGACUUGCUAUGCCCAAAGAUAUGGGAGUUGAAGAAGAGUUAGCUGAAGUGGAAGAAGAAAUCGCUGUGAAAGACAUAAAUAAGAACAACAACCAGGCCGAAAGCGGCGGCUCUCAAGCCAUGGAUAUGACUAAGAAUCCUCUCAAAAAGUAUCCCUUUUUGAAUAGAUUUUUCACUAAGGCAACGGAAUUGAGCGCGUUUAUCUUCACUCCGGUAUGGAUUCAAAUAUUCACCAUGGUUUUCCUUGGUGAGUUUGGGGAUCGCUCCCAAAUCAGCACUAUCGCCAUGGCAUCCGGGAGUGACUACUGGUCUGUGAUAUGGGGUGCUAUUGUGGGCCAUGCAAUUUGCACUGGUAUCGCCGUUGUCGGUGGGAAAAUGCUUGCCUCAAAGAUUAGCAUGAGAACUGUGACCUUGGGAGGUGCUUUCUCAUUUUUCAUAUUCGCCGUCUUGUACGUCCGCGAAGCAUUCCUCAACCCUAAUUAA